UCACCUUUGAAUGUUACUUUUAUGAAGGUCAUAUUUACUUGUUAGUGUUGAAUUUUUUUGCUUUAAAGUGUUGAUUACGAUAUGGCGAGUCAACGGAAAUUUGUUGUCGGAGGCAACUGGAAAAUGAAUGGCGAUAAACAAUCUAUUGAUGGCAUCAUAGCUUUUCUUAAUAAGGGACCACUAAAUGACGACACUGAUAUAAUUGUUGCUCCACCAGCUGUGUACUUGGACUACGUCCGGAAAGGAUUGAGCCCCAAGGUUGCAGUAUCUGCUCAGAAUUGUUACAAGGAGCUCAAAGGCGCCUUUACUGGUGACAUUAGUGUCACUAUGAUCAAAGAUGUAGGUGCAACUUGGGUUAUCAUUGGCCAUUCUGAAAGACGCCAUGUUUUUGGUGAAAGUGAUGAGUUGAUCGGGGACAAGGUGAAGACUGCGCUGGACAAUGGUUUGAGUGUGAUGGCAUGUGUAGGGGAGAAGCUGGAAGAGAGAGAAGCAGGAAAGACGAACGAAGUCGUCUUCCGACAAAUUAAAGCUGUAGCAGACAAAAUAUCAGACUGGAGUCAUGUGGUUAUCGCGUACGAGCCAGUGUGGGCUAUUGGCACGGGUAAGACAGCAUCACCAGAACAAGCCCAGGAGGUCCACAAGCACCUCAGAGAGUGGCUGUCGAAAAACGUGUCGCCCACUAUCGCACAGGCCACCAGAAUACAAUACGGAGGUUCAGUAACAGCAGCCAAUUGCAAGGAGCUUGCCAAGAAGCCCGACAUUGAUGGUUUUCUUGUGGGAGGUGCAUCUCUAAAACCCGACUUUAUUCAGAUCAUCAAUGCUAGAAAAUAAACCAUUUCCAUUUUACUGGAAUGUUAUAGUGCUUACUCGUUAAUGUCAAAGGUGACUUUUCUUUACCCUGAAUGGAAGAGUUUUUGCUUGUAACAUUUUUCUAGUGGAAAUUCUAGAAAUAUGAACCUGCUUGGUCAAUGAAGCUUAAUUAAGGGUGGAUCCAGAAUUGCAUACCAGAGGUGGGGAGUGAAAUCACGUUCAGUAUAGUCAUUAGUAAUGCCCUAAGUAAAAAGAAUAAAUGCUAGUGAAGACUUACAGCAAUGAUUUUGUGUAAAGAACAUCCACACAUCAAAGAUAGAAUAAACAUUUAUUAACAAUAUCAGUAACAACAUGUGCUUGUUAAUAGUAUUGUGUAAAGUUUGUUAUCGGUUACAAUGAUUUGGAGAAAUUAUAUAUACAUUUAUAGGCUUGUAUUUUUGGUCAUUUUUAUCUGACCCGUGUAAAGUAAAAAAAAAUCGUGUGUAUUUUGCACACAGUAUGUUUGUCCUCGGGUGGUUUAGUCUCAAUGGUUGGAACAAAGGUAGAUAACUCUCACAGCCUUGGAUAAAGAUAAGCAUGGGCUGGUAGGAAAGAGCACCCAAAUGGGCUGGUAGAAAGAUGCAUCUUCCCUCAUAAGCUGACGUGAUAUGAUAAAGUCAAUAACUGUUUCAUUUUUAUCUUUACAAUGUUUAAUUCUUAAAGAUUGAUGCAACAUUUUAUAACAAUAAAGUAUUUGUUUGUUUUGAGGGGUGUUUUUGUUUAGCUGUUGUGGGGGUUUUUUAGUUUUAUUUGUAUGUAUUUCUUUUGUACAAAUACAUAUUUAAAAACAUGAUUGUUUGAUCCCAAUAUAAUAAUCGAAAAUAAAUGUUUAAAACAAA